GCCAAGAAGACUGGUGUGAAACUUGUGUCUGUCCUUUGGGUGGCCAGAUGUAAAGAUGAUGGUGAACAUGUUAAUGAAGAGUUGUGUCCGGCAUUAAAUGAUGAAGUUAAUCCAGCACUCAAGAAAAGGGUGCAUCGUUGUAUGCAGCCAAGAGACACCCCUCAGAGGACCCCUGAGAAUGACAGGCGCUUGAAAAAAAAACUGGAUAAGAUGAUCAAAGACCUAGUGCCAAAAUCACCUCUUAUUACAGAUGUGUCCCCUUACAUUAUCGAUGAAGAGAACGGAAUAGUUUACAGUCCUUCUAUGAAAAGGUCUGAGUCCAUGGCACAGCGCCUGAAAGAAAUGAGAGAAAAAAGGGAAAACCUCUCCCCGACAGCUUCACAGAUAAAAUCUAGGUUAUCACCUGAGCUCAAGCCUCCUCUUGGGAAUACACCAUCCCGCUCUUUUUUGCAACAACUGUAUGAAGAACCGGAUGAGGAUUUUAAUGUAUCUGUUGGCUCAAAUAAGACAGAUGGAGAGGAGCAACAUUUUGACACCAUUGAAAUACAGCACAAGAAAGACUUUCAGAAACCUUCGAUGUCACCUUGCAGUGUUGUGCCAAGACAAAAGACAAGUCCGUUACCCAAUUCACCGGCUAAAGAAAAAGCAAAUAAACAAGACAAAAAUCCUAAAAGGACCUCAAUCAAAAGUGAUGGCAUCAAGAAACACAGGUCUUUAGAGAGUCCAUGCCUGGAUGACUUCCCGGAGGGUAGCAAGAGUGUGCAAUCAGUGUUUACGUUUGACAGUUUUGUAGUGGGAAAGAAUAGACGAUCAACCAGCAGAAGUAACAUGUCAAAAGUCACACCACCUGUUAGGAAAAGCAGAACACCACCGUCUCUUCCAGAAAUUGUAGGCAGAGGAACUGCAUAUGCUGCAACAGCUGGUGUCACGGACACAAUUUCUGACAAUUUAAGCAAACAGAAAGGACAAGUCGAUGUGGUGGAGAAGAGCAUGGACAAAAACACAAAGACUCUAAGGACGUUAGUUAUGACAAGCAUGCCCACCGAAAAGCAGCACACAGUGACCCAGGUGGUCAGAGCUCUGGGUGGGUUCUCAGUGGUGGCCCAGGUGUGUGAGAGCACUACCCACGUGGUGUCAGGGGGCCACCGGCGGACCCUCAACAUUCUCCUGGGCAUUGCCCGUGGCUGUUGGAUUCUCUCUUUUGAGUGGAUUUUGUGGUGUUUGGAGCAAAGACAAUGGAUUCCAGAAGAACCAUAUGAACUUUCAGAUCAGUUUCCAGCAGCAUCUAUCUGCCGUCUACAGCAGCACCUGUCUGCAGGGGAGCACCAGCAGGACCUCUUCUUGGGUCAGCCUGCAAUGUUUGUCUCCCGAAACACCCAGCCCCCCACCCACAGCCUGGUGGAGCUCAUCCAGCUAUGUGGGGGCACAGUCUGCAAAACAGUCCGGCAGACAGGCCUCUGCAUAGGGGAGUACAACGGCAAGAGACCAGAAGGGAGCAGGAUUCUCUCCGAGCAGUGGGUGCUGGAUUGUAUCACACAUCUCAAGCAACUUCCAUAUGAGAAGUAUGACUUGGAAUGGAAGUCCCGGUAAUAUGAAGUUGGACUUAAACAUGGAGAACACACAUGGAAAUCGUUCUGGCUAUUUUUCUCCCUUGAAUGUGAAUUGACUUUCUACUGUUAUUGCAUUCUAUUUAAUAAAACUUUUACCUUGUCAG